UAUUAUAAAAAUGUUCAAUUAAAUCCACCAACUAUUAAAAAUGAAUCAAAUCGUCAAUUUAACCUGCUAAUAACCGGUUCUCGGUUAAAUUACAUGUGUGGCAGGUGAUGUGGCUUUUUCUUUCUUUUUCUUUUUCAUUUUCCCUUUCCCUUUCCCUGGUUCGUCCACCCCAGCCCAACAAUUUCAAGCUCCUCCAUUUUGGCUGCUUCAUUCACCGGAAAAAUGGCCGCACCAGCAAAUAGAAAAGUAGGUGGGCUUCAAUUCAUUCACCGGGAGCCGGGGCUUCAAAUGAAUCAGAUAUUCAUGGUCAAUUUAAAGCUUUUUCAGUGUUUCUUUCUUUCCUUUUCUUCCUUCUUCCUAAUUCGUCUGCACCCUGCUCAUCUCCCGGUGAAUAUUAACAGAAAUGGGGUUUCAAUUCGCGAAGAAUCAUGGUUCGUCUGGAGCUGUGAGGACUCGGUUCUCUCCACCGAUUCGUCCGUCCGCUGCUCAUCUCCCUGGUUCGUCCGGAGCGGCGAGGACUAGGUUUCCUCCGAGUGGUGUGGCAGCGAGCUCGGAAAUGUCAUCGGCAAGGAUCUAAUCGGAGUCAUGUAGCUGACCUUCUUGACGCAAGGAAGAAGGAAGACU